AUAUCUUACAUAUUUGAUCUUGUUUUUUUAUAAAUGUAUGCACCUUAUAAAUAUGUAAUGUUCCUUCUUUUGUUUUGAAUUAUAUUAUGUAAAAGAGUAGUAGUCAAGUAAAGAACAUGUAUUUAUUAUCCACGUAUAUAAAUUUAUAUAAAUUUUAAUGAAAUUUUAUUGAUAACAUUAUUUACCACAGUGCUGCCAAGUAUGCACUUGCUUUCACAUAUGCAUGCCUUGCUAUAGCUUCAAAGAUAGCACACUUUAUUUAACUCAAACAGCUAUAUAUUUAUAAUUCUUCAAGAAAUGCGACGAAUAUUUCGUUGUUACGACGAUAUUUUGUAGUACAUAACAAGAAAUUUACAUAUUAUAUCAAUAUAGCUACAUUUUUUAAGGUUGGUGGUAGGUAGACAUUGAAAUUUCAUUAGAGAUUGUAUGUAUUACAUUCUCUCAUCUAUUAUCUGAUCUAGAUUUGUUAUAUAUUUAAAGAGUUAUUCAUGUACAAUUUAUAUAAAUUGUUGAGCUUUUUAUUUAACGUACUCUUCUAUUAGAAUAAAUUUUGCAUGCAUUGUAAGAUCAUGGAUACAUUUCCUACGCAAAGGUAUGAAACAAAGAUUGAAAGUUUUGACACAUGUAUGAUCGAUCCUGCAAAUCAACAGCAAGAAAUAUCUGAAACAGUCAGUGAUCAGACAUCUUCUCAAACAACUGAAAUAGAGAAUCAAGAAAAUCAUGAAAAUUCAAAUUUACAUCAGCAACAACAUGAUUCAGAAGUGCAACAUCAACAAGAUCAACCUAAUCAAAUUUCACAUAUACAAUCCAAUAUUCAACAAAGCAUGACUCUUACUCCAAUUAGAAUACCAGCUAUACUCGAUGGAGAAUAUUUCACAGUAAUAAGAGUAGAAGACAGUAAUAUAACAGUUCAAUGUGUACAAUGUCAAAGACAUUUAAAUGGAAAUUUGAGAUCUACUGGAAAUUUUUUAAGUCAUAUUAAAAGAUUACAUCCUUUUAUGGUUGAUAAAAUUAAAUCUAAAGCUAAUCAAAGAAAACCUGCAAUGAUAUAUAUUGAUUUAUCAGCAGCUAAAUGUCAAGAAAUAAUAAGAACAAGAGGAGGAUAUAGGAAAUGUUACAAAACAGAUGUAUGGCAACCAGGAAGUGAGGAAGCUUAUGAUCAGUCUAAUGAGUGGUCUGAAAGUCCAGUAAUUCGUAGACGUAAGAUAGAUGAAGCUGAAUGUUCUGAUCUUUUAAAAAUAUCACAUAAUAAUUCAUUUGUAAUGGAAGAUGAGUUUGAUGCAAUUGGACGAAAUAUUGCAGCAAAACUUAGAAGUAUGAAAUUAGACCAAAGAAUUAUAGCUGAAAAAUUAUUAAAUGAUAUUUUAUUUGAAGCACAAUUAGGAAAUCUUCAUAAAGACUCUAAUAUACAUGUAUAGGAAAAACAUGUUAUAGAUUAAGGAAUGUGUGCAAGUAGAUAAUAUAAUUAUAAAUGAAUGGAUGUAUAAGGGAGCAUAUAUUUUUUAUCAAAUUAAACUUAUUAGUAUUUCUUUAUUAAUGUUAUCUUAAUACGCACCACUUUAAUAUUAAUAAUCUCAAAGUGGUUUUCUGCUAAGGUUUGGCAGUCAAUAUGAAAUAAUGUGUAAAAAAUAUUUUACACAAAUAUUUUUUAGUUAAAAUCGUGAAAAUAAAGAGAUAGUAAUGAAAUGAUAAGUAUUUAAAUUUAAUAUACAUCUUCAAAGAUGAGAGAAACACAGAGUAAGAGAUAUACAUAUUUUAACACUUAUAAGUAUUCAUAUAAGCAUCUCUAUAUAUAAAUGUGCAAUGUAAAUAUUACUAUACAGAUAUAAAAUUCGUAGAUAAGGAGAAAUGCUGCUGUAUCUAGUAACUAUAUGUAAAUGUUUUUAGACGGAUUUUCUUAUGAAUGUUUCAUAAACAUAGCUACCUAAUUUAUAAUAAUGUAUGAUAAAUACAUUUUUUACAUUAUGUAACUAUCAAUAUCAGUCCUCAGUUUCUUAGUUUAGAUUUAAACAUUGUAACUAUAAAUUUUAACUGCAUCAGCUACUCCAUUGUCCUAUUCAUUAAUAAUAGUUUUCUACUAUAUCUAUUUUGUAAAUGAUUUGUAUAAAUAUAAAACAACCUCAUGUUCAAGUAAUAUAUAAAAAUUAAAGCAUUUGUGAAAUCACUUUUCAA